AUCUUGCAAUGGGAGACCACUAAAGUAAGAUUUGGAUUCUUAAUGUGGUCAAAUUCUCACUCUAAUGUAACUCAAGGUCAAGUUAACAUGCUGUUUUUCUUAAUCUAUAAGGUUCAAAGCAGGUUUCACAGGAAAUCAUAUCUUAACGACUUUAUCUAACAUAUGACAAAUGAUAAAAAAUUAAGGAAAAGAAAAAAAAAUGCUAUCAAAUCUGCAUGGCGACAGAAAACUCAACCUUCAGAUAUAAGAGAUAAAACAAGAAGGGAGGUGAAAUGAGCAAGAGAUCAGCCAGUUACAGAAGAUGAAGAGAGGAAAAAAAGAUGCUGACUGGUGCAAGCGACGAAACAACGCUUUCUAUGAGCCUAUGAGGAGGCAGAGAGCAAGUACAGUGAGGAAAGAAACCUAAAAGUGAAGUUUUUUGCGGCAAAGGCCCUGUAGAUCAGGACACACCUCAGAGGCUCAUAUGAAAGAGUAAGAAGACUUAGGGAAUCAACUUCAGCAGAUAUGAGCAUAUUAGGAAACUGACUACUGGGAUUGCUUAAGCUUGGGUUGGGGGGUAAACUAAAGGGGAGAAAUUGAGGAACAAGGAGUGAGCUGUGAGGGAGGAAGAGCAAAAAAUGGUGGCAUCUUCAGUGUGAGCUGCGAGUUAGGUGCGAUUUGUACAAUCUGCAGCGUGUGUGAACUGGUCGGCAGUUUGGUUGCAGGUUUCUGCUGAGCAGAAGGUGUGGUGUCUUGAUUGACUUGAUUGCUGCUUCUAAUACUGGAAAUCCGUUUCCUGGCACUGAAUGCAACCACAGACAGCCAUACGCUCACAUAUAUAGAGUUAUGGACUCUGUACUGCUGUCUGUGGUAGGCGGGGCUCUCUUCCUGUCAAUCAUCCUUGUAACCAGUCUUUGUACAUACUGCUGGGGGCAUAAACAACCAACAUCCAUCCAUCAGAGGUCCAGUGACUCAGAAUACAACCCAACACCAGGUUUUGUGCUUCGGCAUCCCGUGUCAACAUAUGAGCACCAUACAGAUCAUACCAGAAUUGGACCUUACCAACCCAAUUCACUCAGUUCACCAUCUAUUACUGUCACAAAGGUGCCCUCCUGUCCUCCCUCAGAAACUGGAAGUCAAGCCAGUUAUGUGAAUCAAAACGGUGAGGAGGGAAUCAACAUUCAUGUCGAUGGCCAUGGGAGUGAUGAUGAGCCGUAUGUUCAGCCUCCAAGUGAAUACAUAGAGGUUCUUCCAGAUUCCCCAAACACGCCAUCUCAGAGACCCAGCAGAGCCUCAUCCCAGAGCUCAGGAGAACGUUACAUAAAUGUAAAACAAGAUGAGAAUAUGUCUGGAGUUAUAUUUGACUGUGAGAUGUAUGCGGAUGAAUCAGACUCAGACAUUCCUGAUUAUGAAAAUUAUGAAAAUUGCAAAGAUUCUCAAGACGGCAGUGAACAAACCCAUAGUCUGUCCCGUGGAAGUCGGGGCAGCUCUGAUUAUGUCAACACAGAAUUUACAAUAACCAAGGAUUUGCAUUUUACCAAAAAAUGACAGUUAACAAGGUCAGACCCAAGAAGCAUCCUGACUGCCAGUUUUCAGAUUUACAUGGGCUUUGAAUAUUGAAGUGCAUCACCAAGAAAGCUUCGAAUCCGAGUCACGUCAGAAAACUUCCUCCCUCAAUCCAUAAGACAUUUGCUGACAAUACCUGAGAAUGGUUUUUUUUAAAUAACAUUUGCUGUUCAUAGUGUACUGCAUCCAGGCUCUUGCUUUCAAAUAUAAGAACUUUUUUUUUUUGACUCUGCCGUGUAAUAUACAGCUUUUUGUCAUAAUUAUUAAUGUUAGCUAUUGGUUUGUAAAUAGCGAAGUAAAUUUUACAAUAAAACUUUUACAAUUCA